UCAGGAAGUGAAAAUAAACCUGCCGACUCUACCUUGAUAUCACUUAAACCGAGAGUUUUUUCAGAGGAAGUCCAGAGCAGAGAUGACUGAGGAGUUUGCAGCAGUGGAGGACUAUCUGACCUGUGCUGUGUGUCUGGAGACCUUUAAAGAGCCGGUGACUCUGGGCUGUAACCACAGCUUCUGCUCCGACUGUCUGCAUAAAUACUGGGACAAGAACAACACCCAGAACUGCCCCGUCUGCAGGAGGAAGUCUUCUAAAGAUGGUACUCUUAUAAACUUUGCCUUAAAGGAGCUGUGUAUAACUUUCAGUGACAAACUGAAGUCACAGGACAGAGCUGCAGUCUGCAGCUCUCACCCAGAGGUGCCCCCUCUGUUCUGCACAGACGAGACCCGGCUCCUGUGUCCUGUGUGUGAGUUCUCUGAGCACAAGGAGCACACGGUGGUGCCUCUGGAGCAGGCAGAGAGGGACCUGAAGGAGCAGCUCCAGUCUCAGGUGGAGGAUCUGAGGAGGCACAGAGCAGAGGCCCAGACUCUGGAGCAGAGCUACAGAGAGACACAGCAGCACGCGCACAGACAGGCUGAGCUCUGUGAGAGGAACAUCAGAGCAGAGUUUGAUCGUUUACACAGGUUCCUCAAGGAGGAGGAGGAGCUCCAGCUCUCCACGCUAAGGGAGGAGCAGAGCAGACAAGCCCAGAACAUGGCCUCUCAGCUGGGCAGGCUCACAGAGACACUGGCCUCUCUGGAGCAGAACAUCCAGGAGCUGGAGAAGCAGCUGGAGAAGAAAGCCGAGGAUUUCCUCCGCUCCUACAGCCCAGCGCAGAGCACCAAAGAGGCCCCAGACCCCCUCCCUCCUCUGGGGCCCGGACUGCUCCUAAACCAGGCCAAAGUCCUGGGAAACCUGGCCUACAGGGUCUGGAAGAAGAUGGAAGAGAUGGUCCAGGACAGUCCUGUGGUUCUGGACCCAAACACUGCACAUCCAUGUCUCAGUCUGUCGGACAAUCUGACCUCUUUGGCCUGGGCAGACGCUUCUCUCCAGGUCCCCAAGAAUCCAGAGAGAUUCUCUGGAUAUUCUAUAGUUUUGGGUUCUGAAGGUUUCAGCUCUGGGAGGCACCACUGGGACGUGGAGAUGGGGGACUACAGUUUCUGGGCACUAGGUGUUGUUAAAGAGUCAGUCAACAGGGAAACAGUUCUUUUGCCAGACACUGGAUAUUGGUCUUUAGAACAUUUCACAGACAAAUACUACACUGGUAAUGGGACAGUGAAAUUAAAACAACAACCCCAGAAAGUCCGAGUCCAGUUGGACUGUGACAGUGGGACAGUUUCCUUCUAUGACUUCAGUGACAUGUCUCUUAUUUACACUCAUAAAGACAUUCCCAAAGAGAAACUGUUCCCAUCUUUUUAUGUGGGACCCACCGCUGCUGCUGAGUGUCAAACAAACAACAUCAGGAUCUGUGCCAGAUCUGAUCCAGGACUAAACCAAGACUAAACCAGGAUCAAACCAGGACUAAACCAGGUCUCUGAGACAUUUAUCUGAAAUAUCAUACAAUGAAAAAUGCUUUAUUUUAUCUUCAUCCUUUCAUGUAACCCCUUAGUUUCAUCUUGCUUGUUAAUCUCUAGUUUUGUCAGUUGUAUUUACACACAGACACAAUCAGCAGCUGUCUGUCAGAUCUCUCUCUUCAAAUGUGCCACACCUUGGACUGUUUUAAUGCCACAUGUUAAUCUUGAGAUCAAACCAGCUCAGCAGGGUUGGGACGAGAACUAAUUUACAAUAAUCAGAUCAGUUCAAGUUUUGGUCACAUGAUGUUUAAGUGGUUUAUUUUUUAUAUAUUGUGUUGUGAAUGUGUUUUAUGUGUUGGCAUAGUUAUAAAAAUGACCAAAUUAAUGAAUCAUUUUCAUUACAUGUUUUAAUAGCCUAAAUAAAUUAAACACUCUUUUCGCUUCGAACACCAAUUUCCCCAACACCAAGAUCAAUAUGGGGGAAAAAAUUGCGAUUAUUUUUUCUCCUGUUUCACUUAGCUCUGCCUUACAUUUAUGCAAGUAUGGGUGAUUUUAUAGCUCACAAAUAAAAACAGGCAUUCUGACCGUGAGCAGGGUCGCCUCUCCACAGAUCUGACCUGUAACUUGGUCUGCUUUGGUCUCCAUGAAGAUAGAUACGUUUCUGAUGGAAAUUUGUAAUGUGAAUAAAAGAUUUCUCUCAA